GAAGUGAUGUCACGUGGGCAGAUCAGUUCUUUGCAUGGCCUGAGCGGAGCUGAAAGCAAGCGAUGGCGUCUGCUGAUCUGAGGAAGGAGCUGGAAUGUUCCGUCUGUCUGAGCAUUUAUACAGAUCCUGUGACCCUGAAUUGUGGACACAACUUCUGCCGGGACUGUAUUGGUCGUGUGUUGGAUACACAGGAGAGGUCUAGAGGAUAUUCCUGUCCUGACUGUAGACAAACCUUCAGGAAACGUCCCGUCCUUCAGAGGAACAUAACCCUACGUAACAUAGCAGAGAAUUUCCUGUCUUCUCAGCCACAUCAGGAGAAGUUAUCCGGGGUCUUCUGUACUUACUGUAUUCACACUCCUGUACCUGCUGUGAAAUCCUGUCUGCAUUGUGAAGCUUCUCUCUGUGACAAUCACCUGAAAGUCCACAGCAAGUCACCAGAACACGUCUUAUGUGACCCCACCACUUCCCUGGAGAACAGGAAAUGCCCCGUCCAUAAGAAGAUCCUGGAGUAUUACUGCACUGAGGACUCCUCCUGUAUCUGUGUGUCCUGCAGGCUGGAUGGAGAACAUCGGGGACACCAGGUGGAGACUCUGGAUGAGGCCUCUGAGAUGAAGAAGAAGAAACUGAGGAAAGUUCUGCAGAAACUGAUGACAGAGAAAGAAGAGACGGAGAAAAGAGUCCAGAGUCUGCAGGAACACAGGAGGAAAGUACAAGGAAAAGCAGAUGAUGAAACAGAGAAAGUCAUUGCCCUGUUCAAAGACCUCAGGAGACGUCUGGAAGACCUGGAGAAGAGAGUCCUGAGGGACAUCUCUGGGCAGGCAGAGCGGGUCUCUCUACCACUGUCUGAUAUGAUCCAUCAGCUGGAAAUAAAGGAGGAGGAGCUGUCCAGGAAGAUGGGGGACAUUGAGGAGCUGUGUAACAUGACGGAUCCACUGACUGUCCUACAGGAAUCAGACACAGGUGACUUGUGUGAUACUGAGGAUGAUGAGGACAGAGAGAGACGUGAUAAACUCCUCCAUGAUGGAGGGGAUCUGGAUGUGGCGGGGAUCUCACACACAUUACACACAGGUUUAUCUGAUAUCAUGUCUGGGGUAAAUGUAGAGAAAUGUACAGGCACACAUGUCUAUCCACAUUCUACUACAAAGGGCAAAGGUCACACCGAUGCUGAACCAUCCAGGAGAUGUCCCCAACCCUCCCCCACCAUACAACCAUCCAGGAGAUAUCCCCAACCCUCGCCCACCAUACCACACCACCAGGCUGAAGGGCCAAAUAUUGGGGCUGUACAGCAAACAUCGGGGGUGUUGGAGGUUAAAGACAUAUUACUGGAUGUGAGCACAGCUAGUAAUUAUCUCCAUAUAUCAGAUGACAGGAAAACUGCAUCCUUCUCACCAUCAUAUCAGCAUCGCCCAGAAACACCAGAGAGAUUUCAGGGUCCUCAGGUGAUGAGCAGUCAGAGGUUCUCCUCAGGGAGACAUUACUGGGAAGUGGAUGUCGGGGGGGCAUUCUGCUGGAUAGUCGGGAUAUGUUACCCCAGUAUAGACAGGAGAGCAGAGGAGUCGGUGAUUGGAUAUAAUAAGAAGUCCUGGGGUUUGGAGAGGUGGGGGGAUAAUCAGUGCUCAGUGAGACAUGACAGGAAGGAGAUCCGAUUACCCGGCGAUGUCUCCAGUAACAGAGUCAAGAUAGAUCUGGAUUAUGAGGCCGGGCGGAUCUCCUUUUAUGAUCUGUGUGACCCAAUCCAACACCUCCACACCUUCACCACCACCUUCACUGAGCCUCUCCAUGCUGGGGUAUGGGUAAUGUGGGGUUGUAGAAAUAUAUCUGGUGGGAAUCAGAAGUGAGAUAUCUGCCCAGAGACUGGUGACAGCCCAAGGUGGAGCAUCUGAUUGGUGAAAUACUCAGCCAAUAUAAGUUGGCAGUUAAAACAACAUGAUUUAUUUACUUCUAAAGCUGCUGGCUCCGGGCAGCCAUUUUCAUCCUAAACUUCUCUUCACUACCUAGUGUGCCACUGACCAGGAACACGCAUGCAGGAGGUCGUAUUGUUCAGGCUUCACUGGCUGCAUGCUUGUUCUGGGUCAGUGACACACUAGGUAGCAGGAAGCCCUGGAGCCUGCACCUUUAGGCCUCAUGCAGAUGGAGCUUUUUUACAGCUGCUUUUAGCAGCGUCAGAAUUUCUUUUUUUGGUGCUUAAAAACACCUCUCCCAGGUUCUAUGGCCUUGUUCAUACAGAGGCUUUUAGGAGCUGUAAGUGACAUAGGCGUUUUCAAGCAAAUAAAACCCAGGGCCAGCGUGUUCAGAGGCUCGGUGUUAGAGCUGUAAAAUAGCCUGACACUACUAAACGUGGCUUAACGAUGGAUACAGCCGCGUUAAGCCUUGUCAAGCAUUUCUCAUGCCUCUAUUCAAAAUCAAUGGUUCCCUAUGGGAACCCAUUGAUUUGAGUAGAAGUGGCACCAGAAGUCAGAUCAUGAUGAUCCUACUUGCGGCACGGUUUGCGUGCUAAGGAUCCUAAAGGGGAACAAUUCAAGGGCCUCUUUCUGACAACCCUGUCCGGUGUUUGUUAGGGUCUGCGGGCAGGGGGGCUUAUCAGAAUCUGGAAGCCCCUUUUAACAAG